GCUUUUGAGAUAGCGGAGCGGGAGCUGGACAUUCCCGCGUUCCUGGAGGCAGACGACAUGGCGCGGCUCAAAGUGCCGGACAAGCUCAGCGUGAUCACCUACGUGUCGCAGUACUACAACUUCCUCAACCACCUGCCGCAGCUGGGCGGGCCUGGGGUGAAGGUGAAGGUCACCAACAAGGCCGGCACGGGCACAAAGCGACCACCUGCCUCAGACACCUCCCAAGAACCCAGCAGUAAGAGGUCUGGCUCAACCCAGGCCGGCAAGGACAACGCUAAGUCUGUGGGUCGCGGCGGCGGUGCGGGCAGCGUGGGUGACAAAUGCGCCAUCUGUGGGAACAAAGUGUACCUGCUGGAGCGACACAUGGACCAGGGCAAGCUCUACCACCGCUCCUGUUUCCGACACAGCGAACUGUCGCCCACCAACAAGGUGUUCUCCCGCUCGCCCUUCAUGUCUCCGUUGCUGAGCUCCGAGGUCCCACAAGCCCCAUGGGCGGAACGCCAGGCGCAGCUGGACGACAAGAAGUCUGGCGAGCUGUCGCUGAAAGGUCCGCCGCACGGCUCUCCCCGUACAGCGAGUGUCGGCCCGAGCGUGUCUGCGGCUCAGCGUCGGGCAGACGGCACGGGUGGGAAACAUUCUCUGGCUGAGCCUGAUAGGGAGGACAGCAAGAAGUCCAAGAUACUCCCAAAGACUUUGUUUGGAGACAAAUCCAGUACUCAGAAAGAGGCAACAGGGGAGGUCAGUUCUCCCAGAACUGAUGCUAAGGAUGAUCUCCCCAUGCCUCUGUCGGGAAAAGAGGCCAAAAAGUUGGAGAAACGACGACAGGCGCUACUGGCAGCGGAGAAACCGAUCUCUCAGACUCCAGUGCGCCGGAACGUGCCUCUGAUAUUUCAGCAGAAAGAUGAAAAAGAGAAAAGCAUGGCAUCUGGGUCAGCCAAGGACGUUUCAACGAGUCUCAAAACGUCGUCUGUGUUUACAUCAGGGAGGACAGGGGGGACCUCAUCGCAGUCCAAAGUGUCUGCUCUCGUGUCGAAGUCAGAAACAAACUCUGUUGUGGACAAAAAGACUGGCAGCGGUACAGACCGACCCGGGGGGAAGGCUUUCUACACUGCCAGUCAGGGCUCCAAGGAUGCGGGCAGGAAGUCAGGUUUGCCCAGCGUGCAGCAACUACAAGAGAAGUUCUCGAGUUCCUCUAGCAACGCGGCCCAGGUCGACAGAGCUGUGGACUUGACCGCGACCGCCCCAGUGGCCAAACCACGGACAGGCGUGAGCCACAAGCAGGAGAUGGUGCCAGGGAAUGACAGUUCCUCCUCGCUGAUCAACGACAAAAGUUCACAAAACUUUCCAAAAGCUGCCCCCAGGAAGAAGGUGGGGGAGCUCUCGUCCUCGCACAAAUCGCUCGCCCCUGCUCGGCCAAAGUCACCUCCACACUUGAAGAACUCGCUGGCCACGCAGUCGGACACAGGCUCCAGUGACUCCAGUACCUCCACGCCUCGUUCUGGCCGAUCCACGUCGUCUGUCCCUCCUCCUCUACCUUCUUCUGCACCUCCUCCCCUCCCCUCCACAGCGCCUCCCUCCCUCCCCUCCACAACGCCUCCCUCCCUCCCCAGUUGUCCCCCUCCACCCCUCCCUAGUAGCGACCCUGUGGGCUCUGUCGGCUCCAAGGGACACAAACACUCUCAGAAAUCUACCAAUGAGGAGAUGACUCUACAGGAAAUCAAAGCAUCUCUCCACUCACACAAACGGCCCGUGUCGACGCACGUACCAGACGCCAGCUCCACGUCACAGCACCCGUCUCCCCACAGUGUGUUAGCCCAGGCCAAGUCGAAGCUGCACUCGGCAAAGAAACCCGACCAGGGGAAACACGAUGGAGAAGUGAAGACCCACGGCCCUGUGAAGUCGCGGGUGGCGGGCAACAACGCGCACACGGCCUCCACCAGCAACAAGUUGUCGGACCGUCGUUGGUCCAGCCCGGCAGACACAGACUCCCAGCCCCUGGCCAUGUAUGUGCUGCCACAGGAGAACCAAGACAAAGGUUCCGUCCUCUCUGGGCUCCUGGCCUCCCUGGCAGGUGUACGCGGCCGCUCCACCACCUCCUCCACCACUUCCUCCCCGUCCCCGACAGACUCUACGACCCCGCCCCUACUCUCUGCCGGGGCCGCGACUCCCACAGCCUCCACCUCACACUCCACGUCUGCCUCUACGUCUGCCUCUACGUCUGCAUCGACUUUCUCGUCCUGUGUCACUCCAGCACCCUCGUCCUCCACACCUUUGGUGUCUGCAUUAUCAUCCUCUGUUAAGCCUUCAUCAUCCUCAUCAUCAGCGUUAUCAUCCUCUGCUAAACCUUCAUCAUCCUCAUCAUCAUCGCUAUUGUCAUCGACCUUCAAGACGGCCCCUUCCAGCCCAACGACAGCCCCGGACUCGACAACUCGUUCCUCCAGUCACCUGACCUUGACAUCCACGUCUGUACCCGCCGUCUCUGUCUCUUCCUCUCAGGCCGACAGACCUCAGCUGUCAAAACCAGCCACCACCGCCCCGGUGAUCACACCUCCCGGUGGCCUGGGUACAAAGACUGCCCCGUCAGCGACAGAACUACCGGAGGCUUUGAACGUACUCGGCAAACUGAAACACGUCACUGAUCCAGCAUCUUCCACGUCUGCCGGUAAAUCGUCUUCCUCAAACUCUGCGGGUAAUGUCGACAAGUCUAAAAGUACAAAAGCUGAAGAACAAGGGAAAAUUCCCAAGGGCAUUUUGAAGAAAAACUCUGAAAAUUCUUCUGCCACUAAAAUUAGUUCCACGGACAGCAAGACGGACAAGUCCAAAACUGGUGGGCCAGACAAAGACAAAAGUUCAGCAACUGUUGGACAGAAACUUGUGGACGCCUUCAAGCCUGUGACUGGGAAAGAGAAGACAGGGAGGACCAUUACUUCCGGGCCGAGCCAUCCUUCCCCAGCCCCUCGGUCACCGCGGAAGGAAGUCCUGGCAGAGACCAAGUCGAAUCUCAAACCUUCGGAGAAACGAUCCGAGAUUGGAGGUAGUCGAGAAGAGCUACACUCCAGCAAGGAGAACAUUUCCCACAUCAGUGAGGUGCGACUACGCAAGGUAAUGCCCACCAGCAGACAGGAGAACAAACAAGCUGCCACGCCCGCUUUUGAUGUGAAGUUGAACAAAGUGGAACUGAACCCCAAGUCUGACUCGAAACAAGUCCCCAAAACUCCCACAGAGAGCUGUAGUCAGGCUGAUAGGACAGGGAAACCUUCAGGCCGGGACGGAAGUAACCAUUGGUCAGCUGUGAGUGUCGGUGACAGAGCGGAGAAUGCGACUGUGUCAAACAACACAGUGUCAAACAAGACUGCGGGGCCAGAGUCAGAUGAUGACCUGGACGACCUCCCGCAGUGGAAGAAAGCCUUGGAGGAGCGGAAGAAGAAGCUGAGGGAGAACGUAGCGCGGUCCGAGGUGGAUCCUCCGCCGUGGAGACGAGAGAAGAGUUCCGAGGCUGGCUACGAGAGAUCCCUGUCGGCGGAGGUGCUCAACGGGACGGACAACAACAAUCUGGUCGUAGAGUCUCUGGCAAGUCCUGGCACAGCGCCAGCCACCAGGAGGAAGUCGCCAGUGCCAGGUAAGAGGUCCAGCCCCCGGCCACAGUCUGCCGAUAUUUUGGAUGUUGCCAGGACGGAGAAAAAGCUGGACUGGCAACACGAGGCAGAGCGACGUAUGGCGGCUCUGGGCGGGUUUGACACGGACGAGGAAGACAGGUCACGUGGGGAGGAAGACCGACCUGGUGGGGAGCCCUCGAAGCCUAAGAGAACGCUUCCCACUGUCCCCACCGAGGCCGCUCUCAACGGAUUGAGGAACAAACCUACGGCAAACGCUCUCUCGAAUGUUGAAGAUUCUAAAACAGCAAAGAAAACUGUGACUGUGAGUUUGGAAGACAAAAGUGAUUCUCGUUCUGUGUCAACGGCUAAGUCUAGUGUUCUCAAGGAUGUGGGGAAGAAAGUGGAUCUUACGACAAGGAGAGAGGGGAAGGAGGUGAAGUCUGUGGAAGGCGCUAGUGUCAAGGAGGAUCUGUCGGUUCCCAGUGGGACCCAGGGUGGGCAGGGCAAAGGGGAGGACUUCCGGGACAAACUGCAACAGUUGAAACACGUGAACAACGGGGAUCCGGCCAAGAAGAACGGGUUCAAGGCCAAAGUGCCGGGGGUGGGCGGCGUGGGACAGGUCAAGGACGGGGAGGUGGGCCUGACUGCGCCGCGCAAACUGAACAUCACCAACAACAACGUGAGCGGCGGGGACAACAGAGACCAGAAAGUUUCUUCAUCGACGGAGAAGACGCACGUGACAGACAACGACCAUAUCAGGAAACUGAUGAAGCAGACAGCACCGACAAGCUCUGACCCCACGCACUCUGCCACUGGUGGUAAGGACUCCGAGAAGGGCAACAAGGUCGACAGACACGCUUCCUCACCGACGGCCAACAAGGUCGACAAACACGCUUCCUCACCGACGCCCAAGAGGAAGAUCACUGUACUGGGCAGGAACAAAAAGGGAGGCGUGGAGUCCCCGCCGCAGACGCCAGCGUUGAGGAAGAAGAUCGAGGUGCCCAGGUUUGACUUUGAGGAGAGCGGGGAGCAGGAGAUGCUGGACCAGCGAGAGUCAGGACUCAGCUUUUCCACGGCGAAGCUCACCAUUGAGGAUGUGCACACUCCGCCACACCGACCUCCACCGGCCAAAGCCACUUCUGCGGCCAGCCCAGGACACAUCUCGGCCAUUGAGCUCCAGCAACAGCUGAUGGACAUCGACAGCCGCCUGUCUGACCUGGAGCUCAGAGGUCGCGACCUUGAGGACUCAAUCCGCAAUGUAAACGUCCUUGAGGAGGAUGACGACGACCUGAUGGUGGAGUGGUUCCAACUGGUCAGCGAGAAGAACGACCUUGUGCGACAAGAGGCUGACCUUGUCUACCUGUCCCGGGAGCAGGACUUGGAGGGUGAGCAGGAUCACAUCGAGAGUCAGCUCCGCUACCUCAUGAGUCUGCCAGAGCCGGCCAAGUCGCCCGAGGAGAGACAGGAGGAGGAAUAUCUGAUCCAACGUAAGCUGGAACUGGUGGAACAGAGGGACUGUAUCGUGAACAGCAUGGACGAGGAUAGACUGAGGUACAUGGAGGAAGACCGGGACAUCGAGGUGAUGCUGAAGGAUAAGGGUUUGUGGAAAGACUCCAGUGGCACCCUCAAGGCUCUCAAGGGAAAGAAAGUGGCGAAGUCCAAGUUCUAUGCUUAGUGGAGGUUUAGUGGACGUCCACUCCCAGAGGCCUGAGCCCUCAACCAUGGGGAUGCUGAUGAUGAUGAUGAUGAUGAUGAAAGGCUUGCUUCUACUUGUUAUUGUCUGUUGGUGGGGCUUGCUCCUACAUACACACACACACACACACGUACACACACACACACACACACACACACCCACACACACACACACGCACAAUCUCACAAACACCAGCAGCUGAGUACUUUCUUUAAGAUUUCUCCAAUCAUGUUUUAAUAUAUAUAUAGUUAUGUGAAUGAUAUAGAUCUAUGUGUAUGUAUAUACAUAAUUUUGAGCUUGUAAUAAGAACAUAGGCCCUGUACAUGAGUUGUGUUCAGUGGCAUUGCAUGAUAGACUUUUAUGUUAUAAGUAUACAUAUAUAUAUGGGUUGUGUUUAGUGGCGUUACAUGAUCGUAAGUUUGUCGUAAAUGUAAAGAUAUGUGUGGCUCAGUAUGUACUGGCAAAAUGGUCUUCUGGGUGCGUGGGGGGAGGGGAGGAGGGUGCUUUUACAACAGAUGGUGUAGUGCUUGCAACGAUGCUGACCUCGCCGGAAAAGCUUCUGAAUGCUGGGAAAAGAGCGAGUUGAUUCCAGAUUGCGACAACUUCCUGUUCUUUUGUUUAUUCUUUUUAGAAUAAUUAUGAGAAAAGAAGAAAUCCGUUUAAAUACUGCGCUUGUUUUUACACAAGGAGCGUUGCCGAAGGCAUGAAGACCAAGUACGUCCAUUGUACUGGAAAUGUUUGCUGUUUGUUUCUGUCACAAAUGUCUGCUGUUUCUGUUUCAAAUGUCUGUUGUUUGUUUCUGUGACAAAUGUCUGCUGUUUGUUCCAGACAUGUUUGCUGUUUGUAUCAGACUUGUGUGCUGUUUGUAUCAGACUUGUGUGCUGUUUGUAUCAGACUUGUGUGCCGUUUGUUCCAGAAAUGUUUGCUGUUUGUUUCAGACUUGUGUGCUGUUUGUUUCAGACUUGUGUGCUGUUUGUUCCAGAAAUGUUUGCUGUUUGUUUCUAUCCAAACUAUUGUUCUCUAUGGGCUUUCACACAUGGGUGCUUCAGCGUUUUUGGAAUGGACAUUGACAUUAUGAUUGAUUAUUCUUUAAGAUUGAAAUAGAUUCUAUUGAAUGUAUUUAUGCUAUUUGA